AUGGAGAUGGAGCAAGAUAUGGAGCAAGAGAUGGAGCAGGAGCAGAUUCAAAAGGCAGAACCAAAGCAAGGGCCGAGAACCACCCUGAGUUUGAGCAGCCAAAAGAAGAACCAUAUUGUGCAGUUCCUUCAACAGCAAUGCCAAGCUGGAGCACUGCCACAUGGUUCAUUUCAAGAGGUAGCCAAGAGAUUCAAAGUGCACAGAAGGACAGUGAGCCGCUUAUGGGGGAUAGCCAAGCAGCACAUUGAAGAUGGGAAACAUGUUGUCAUGAUGGGCAGAGCAUCAGGAUAUACUAAGAAAACAUGUAAACUAAAUUUUGAUGAAGAUAAGUUCAGACAAUUGUCUUUUCUUGAGAGAUCUUGCUAUAGAAAACUUGCUUGUAAGAUGGAAGUUAGCAAGACCACACCAGCUAUAGAUGAAGGGAAGCUUCUUUAUCAUGCAAUGCACAACACAGUUCAUAUUGAUGAGAAAUGGUUUUACAUGACAAAUGCUUCAGACAGAUACUACCUGUUGCCGGAUGAGGAUGAGCCUUACAGGUCUUGCGAAUCAAAAAGAUUCAUCACAAAAGUGAUGUUCAUGUGUGCUGUAAGUAGGUCACAGUUUGGCACAGAUGGGCAGACCAUCUUUGAUGGUAAAAUAGGCAUAUUCCCAUUCACAGAACAAGUUCCAGCCAAAAGGAAGUCAAAGAACAGGCCAAGAGGGACAUUGGAUACAAAGCCUAUCCCAUCAGUUAAUAAGGAAGCAAUGAGAGAAUGUCUCUUGAAUCAGAUUAUUCCAGCAAUCAAGGCUAAGUGGCCAGCCAAUGCAAGCAAGGAGAUAUAUAUCCAACAAGACAAUGCCAAACCUCACCUAAACUCCUCUGACUCACAAUUUGAGGCUCUUGCAAGUUCAAAUGGAUUUAAAUUCCAUCUAAUUAGCCAACCAGCUAACUCCCCAGACGCCAAUGUAUUGGACCUUGGCUUUUUUAGGGCCAUACAAUCACUACAAGAUGAUAAACUAGCCACCAAUAUAGAUGAAUUAUUGGGUAAUGUUUGGAGUUCUUUUGAGGAACUCACACCACAAACUCUGAACAAUGUUUUCUUAACAUUGCAAAGCUGUCUCAGCAAGAUCCUAGAAGUGCAUGGGGGCAACAACUACAAAAUACCCCACUUGAACAAAGAAAGGCUGAGAAGGACAGUGAGGCUUCCUACAUCACUUGAAGUUGAAGAGAAUCUGGUAAGGGAAAGCUUGGAGUAUCUACUACUCCAUCAGAAUGAUGUGGGUGCCUCAUAUGACAUAGGGCAUCUAAUCAAUGUUUUAGAUUUCUAG